GGGGGUAGUAGUGUGUUCACUCGCUGGGAGAAAAAAAAACACCAGUAGAAGAAGAGGCGGCGGAUGUAAACGGAUUGCUAGCCGUUGUAUUGGAGACGGUUAUUCUCUGAAUAUGUGAAUAUUUGCAGUAAAGAUGUCUUCGGUUCAGCCUCAGAGGAAGUUUAUCAACCAGCAGUUAACUCCUGCUGAAGAAACCGACCCAGAGUUUGAAGAAGUCAUCGUGAAAUCGGAGGACGAGCUCGAUGAUCAGUCCAGUCUGCUGGAUUUCUCCCAAGAAGAUGCCCACCAGGAUGAUGUUUGGAAAGAGGAGACGCUUGGUGACCGGGAGAGAAGCUCCAGAUUUGAUGAAGAGGAUCCAAAACCUCUGCAGAUGAAAGAGGAGCAGGUUGAGUUUGGGCAUUUGCAGAUAAAAGAGGAAGACAUGGAGCUCCUCGUCAAUCAAGAUGAAGAGCUGUUUGAGCUGAAGGAGGAGACUGACACCUUCAUGGUGACGCCUACUGAUGAGGAAAGCUUUCACACCGAACCAGAACCAAACUGGUACCCACUCGACUCUCAGGACUACCCUGAAAGUGACAACCAGGAUCAGGAAGGAAGCAUUUCAGAAGACUGGGGGUCAAAGAGUGAUGAAGAGCAAAUGCUAACUGAGCGGGGUCAGGAAACGAGACAAUAUAAUCAGUAUUCUGAGAGCUCAAAUCAAGAAGGGCACAGUGCUCACAAAGAAAAGAAACAAUAUUCUUGUAAAAUGUGUGAUAAAAGCUUUUCCCAGAAGAAUAACCUGACGAUACACAUGAGAAGUCACACAGGGGAGAGGCCUUUCUCAUGUGAGACAUGUGGCAAAGGUUUCACUACAAAAUCUAAUUUAACACUUCACUUGAGAACUCACACAGGUGAGAAGCCUUUUCCGUGCGUGACCUGUGGAAAAAGCUUCAGUCUAAAAUGCAUUUUAACUGAGCACAUCAGAACUCACACCGGUGAGAAACCCUUCCCGUGUCUGGCCUGUGAGAAAAGUUUCCCCUCCAAAAAUCAUUUGAAUAAGCAUUUGAGAAUCCACACUGGUGAGAGGCCAUUCUCGUGUAUCACCUGUGGGAAAAGGUUCAGUCUGAAGUGUAAUUUAACUGAACAUUUGAGGACUCACACUGGUGAGAAGCCUUUUCAGUGUUUGGCUUGUGACAAAAGUUUUAACUCUAAAAACCAUUUGAAUAAACACCUGAGAGUCCACACAGGUGAGAGGCCUUUCUCCUGCAUGAUCUGUGGAAAAAGGUUCGCUCAGAAAAGUUGUUUAACGGAUCACAUGAGAACUCACACAGGGGAGAAACCUUUUCUUUGUGAUAUAUGUCAGAAAGCCUUCAGCCUGAGGAGUAGCUUGAAUAACCACAUGAGAACCCAUACAGGUGACAAGCCUUUCUCAUGCGACACCUGUGAAAGAAAGUUCACCUUAAAGAGUCGUCUGAAUAGACACAUGAGGUCUCACACCGGGGAGAAACCGUUUACAUGUAAUGCAUGCACUAAAACCUACAGCCUAAAAAGUAGUUUGACCAAACACAUGAAGACUCACAUCGGCUAGGAGCAUUUCUUCUGUAUACAGUGUAGAGAUAAAGAUGUUAGUAACCACUAACAAGAAAGUUCAUAUUUUAAUGUAAUAUGGUGUAUGUAAUAUAGUGACUGUUCACUAGGGCUGGACUUAAAGCUUUAUUAUGAAAUUUUAAAUUUGGUGGUGAUAAUAAAAGUAACAACAAAAACUAUUUAUUACAUCUUUUUUAGGUAACUUUAGGAAUAUGACUGCUCUUGAAAAACAUGCCCAUUUGUAAUGAGCUUC